CCGGCGCCCCGUUCGAACUUGCCAUGGUCCUCGCUGGGGCGUCAUGGUCCUCGCCGGGGCGGCGAGAAGUCGACGGGAGAAGUCACUGAGCUGGUGCAGGCACGGGGUGAUACAGCGUCGUGAUCGGUGAUGUCGACCGAUGCCGUCGAACUGUCUUUCCAAAGAGCUUCGGUGCACCUGGUGCACGAUGUGAAGCGAUUGGAAGACGGUGAGGAUCUCAACGAUGCCCUGUUGGAUUUCUUCGUGAAGCUGGGGCAAGCUUUGAUCCCGAACAGGAAGGACAGUGGCGGCAUCGUGGGCUUCAAUGAAGGCCUCUCCCCGGUGGCCUACCUGGGCUCCUACUUCUACGGCAUGCUGCAGAAGGGCCACACCAGUGAUGGUCGGCAAGGCCAUGCCAAUGUGGCGAACUGGGCCAAGCGUCGCCUCGGCAAAGGUGGGUUAUUUGCGGAACAGGUGGGCGCCCUGGCUGUGCCGGUGAACGAGCUGCUGAGAGACUACAUGGGCCGACAACAGGAAAAGCACUGGUGGUUGGCCCUGCUGGUGAAUCCCCGUGCGCCGUGUCCCAACGACGGACCUCUCCAAGAAGCUGUCAGCGUGAGCUGCCUGGAUUCCUUCGCGCGCACGGGCAUGCGCUACAAACCCCCGCGCCGAGCCUUGAAGGUGGAAAAGGACAGUCGCAAUGAGGCCUACUUCGUAGAGGUGAGCAGUUUCAGCCGUUCGGGCUUUGUGGCUCUGAUCGCCUUCCGCGCACAAGGCGAUGGUUCGCUGGGUCCCUUACUGGACCCGCGGCUCUCGCGCUUGCAGUUCGGACAUCGGGUGAUCAAGGAACCUGAAUUGGAUUUGAAGGUUCGAAACUAUGGCGACCAUGGUGUGCCAGGGGUUUUAGAGGGCACGUUAGAGUUCGCUUUUGAUUCCUCCACGCGAAUCUGUGGUGAAUAUACGCUGCACUAUGCGGGCGUGGGGGAGUAUAAGCCUGCCCUGAAGUUGGAGCUCCGCAGAGAACCCAACCAAUCGCAGCUGCAAGUCUCAAAGCUCUUAGGCGGCUACUGCGGGAAGGAGUUCGAGCUCUCAGAAAGCGCGGUGAGUUACAGCGACGCCCAGGUAGCGGAGGCCUUGCAGCUGGCAGACACGCCGCAGCAGGAGAGCGCCCAUGACUGCGGUUUCUUCAUCCUGGAGCAGGUUCUUCGGCUGCUUCAGCUGAGUCCCACGGCGCUGCGCUCGCUGGCGUCCAAGUCCACCGAGGACAUCGCCUCGCUACCGUGGCCCUCGCAGCGCGAAGUGGUGAAGCGCAAGAAGAAGCUCCGUGAAAUUACGGCGGAUCUCUUCGUAGCCUCGCGACGGCAAAACACCAGUGAUGUGGAGGUGCUGUUGAAGAACGACGAGCUCCUUAGAAAGAAACUGCUCCUGGCGAUGUGGGAAGGCCCUUACUUUGCCCGCGCAGUGGCCAAUGUGAUCGCCAUGGAUCCAGGGCCCAUGCCGGAAGUUCCCAUCUUGCCAAAAGAGGAGGACACCAAGAAAGAGGAAGAAGAGAGCGACGAGUCCAGCUCGAGGAGUAGCAGCCCAGCACGGAGCAGCAGUAGUGGAAGCAGCUCCAGCCACAAGAAGCGUAAGCACCGGGACCGUGGUGACAGCCACGGCGCCAAGCGCCCGAGAACCACCGAGCCGACAGCGCCGGGUGCGGCGGAACCGCGGCACCACGGCCACAGCGGAACGCGGCACGCGCGGCCGCCGCCGCCGCCGAGCUUUACGAAGGAUGACCUGCAAGGUUAUCCAUCAAAAACUCUGCGGAACCUCUGUGUGCAGUACAAGGUGCUGCCCCCUGGCAUGGUGGAGCGAACCGACCUGCUGAAAGCUCUAGAACCUUUGGCAGUUGUGAAGAAUGCGACCCCAGCCAGCGCGUCCGCACGCGCAGGGGCUGAGAGGCUUGGGAAUGGCACCUUCACGCGCAGCGACCUGCCCAGUUUCACCAACGUGGAGUUGGAGACCAUGCCCAUUAGUAAAUUAAAGAUGUACUGCAUCCAAUAUGGCCGAUUACCUAGUGGUUCUCUGGAGAAAUCGGACUUGAAGAAGGCCUUGGCGCCCUUGGCCAAGGUGGCGCAGCCUCCUCCGGCCAGCAGCGUUCCUAAAAAGGUGCUUCCGAGCUUCACCUUGGAAGAGCUGCAAACGAUGCCCAUCAGCAAGCUGAAGAAUCAUUGCUUGCAGUAUGGCAGGAUGCCGCACGGACCGGUGGAGCGAACGGACUUGGUGAACUUGCUGAAGCCCUUCGCAACAGGUGCACGGUCCACGCUGACAACAGCUCCGGCCACACUGCCGGGCGCGGUGCCAGCGCCGGCGUCAACGGCGGCGUCGACGGCGCCGGCGGCGAAGCCGGAGGGUGAUGGCUUCAGUUUGGAGGAGCUGAAAACCAUGAGCAUGAAAAUGCUCAAAACGUUCUGUUUGCGACAUAAGGUGAUGCCGCACGGACCGGUGGAAAAAUGUGACCUGCAAAAGGCUCUGGAGCCUUUCGCGAGAUGAGCGGAAAA